CUGGGGAAGGAAGGGACUUUUGUUGGUGUAACACACAAGAAUGCAAUCAAGAAGAAGAUUGUUAAAAUUUAUUUCUCAUUUUAAGUUCGACGAUUGCACUUGACGCCAUGUUGAGACAUUUAGCGGUUGUUUGGAAGAACGGUUAGCACGCGACUGACACGUCACACUUCCGUUUAAAAAUGGUAUUUCAUAUUCCCUGGAUCUACACACCAGUGCGGACCAUCUUGGCAAUCUGGCACCAGUUGACUAAAACUGAGAUCCCUGAGCUGACUAGGGUUUCAGUGAUGAUGAGAGAGCGCAGCAGAGUGGAGGACACCAUGUACGCCAUGCAGAAAGCAGGAGCAGGCAGCUUGCAGGUCAUCUCAGAUUUUGAUAUGACGCUCACCAAAUUUGCACACAAGGGGAAAAGAGUUCCCACCACCCACAACAUCCUCAAUAACAGGUUGUUGAUAGAUGACGACUCCACAGUGAAGAUGAAGAAGCUGUUUAACACAUAUUAUCCCAUAGAAAUCGAUGCGAGCCUCAGUCCUGAGGAAAAACUGCCUUACAUGGUGGAGUGGUGGACUAAAGUCCAUGACCUGCUGAUUCAGCAGAGGAUCAGAAAAGACGAGCUGGCCCGCGCAGUCAGGGAUUCCAACGCCGUGCUCAGGGAAGGGUGCAGCGCGUUCUUCGACUGCCUGGCAGAGCAACGCGUUCCUCUGCUGAUCUUCUCCGCUGGAGUAGGCGACAUCCUGGAGGAGGUGAUCCGACAGAACCACGUCUUCCACCCAAACGUCCACAUCAUCUCCAAUUACAUGGACUUUGACCACAUUGGGGUUCUGCAGGCCUUCAAAGGUCAGCUGAUCCAUUCGUACAACAAACGGGCCGGUGCUCUGUCCCAAGGCGCCGCCCUCAGAGAGCUGCAUGGUCAGCCCAACGUCCUGCUGCUGGGAGACUCUCUGGGAGACCUGAGCAUGGCUGACGGCGUCUCCACGGCGCAGAACAUCCUGACAGUCGGCUUCCUCAACGACCAGGUGGAGGAAAGAAAAGAGUCGUUCUUGAACUCGUUUGACAUUGUGCUUUUACGGGACGAGACGAUGGACGUUCCGAACGCUAUCUUGAGAUUUAUUGUCUCAUCAGAGAUAAGUAAGGUGCACCGGGAAAAAUGAUGCAUUCUCACAUUUUUACCUCAAAUCGGACCUGAGGAGAGAGCACCAGCAUGUCAUUUUGUUUAAUCGACAAAUUUGGUCUGGUAGUCUGAAAGACUACCAGACCAAAUUUAUGUAUGAUCCUUUAGUUUCUUUAAAAAAAAAAAAAUUUAUGUAUGAUCCUUUAGUUUCUUUAAAAAAAAAAAACACUUCAUAGUGAUGUGAUGCUUUUAGUUCACACUGCAGACCUUGAAUUUUGAAAAAUUACAAUUUUGCAAUUUUUGUGUUUCUAUUAAAUAAGAAACACAAUUAAAAUCACACGUGAAUUUGUUUGUUCACAUUAUAAGAAAAAAUAAAUCUUGUGCAGUCCUACUUCUACUUCCCGUCGUCGUCUUUGUGGUUUGUGUCAGUGGCAACAUCCGGUUGUUGUUCAUGUUACUCAUUUUGCAAAAUAAACCAAUUUCCAUACGGCCAAAUCUUUGUAUUGGAAAAACGAAAUUGGCACACUUCCGUUCAGAAAAUUAUUUUGUAAAUCUGAUAAUGCGAAGGAAAAGCAGCUAAAAUCGCAUUUAAAAACGCUUCGGUUGUUCCCACUAUAAUCACAUUAAAAUCAUUGAAUACGAUUGUAUGGAAGUGGCUCAAAUCUACUUAAUAAAAAUCAGAUUUGGGUCACAUUUGUCUGCAGUGUGAACGAAGCCCAUGAUGCGUUUUCUGUCAUGUCUGAGACACGAUGUUGUCAAACCUCAGACCUGGAAGUAUAAUACCCGGUUCUGUUUGUGCAUGUUCUUAGUGACUGUAAUAACUGACUGUGUGCAUCACUGGUUUUCUGAAAGGCUGAAGCUAAGGUUAAAGUAAAAUUACAAUCAAUGUUGAGUAUUUUUGUAAAGCUGUAAUGACAGAACAAGCACAGAAACUGUUAAACUAUUAACCUGUGUUUUGCUAAUUUAUAAUUUAAAACUGGUUCCUCUUGAGCACUGCAGUAAGACAUGAAUAUAAGGUUCUAGAUUGCAUAAAGGAACACUGACUGCAGUGAUAUUUUUUGAAAGAUAAAAUAUAUUAAAAAGAAAAAUCAAAUAUUCCUCAGAAAAAACCAGGUGCUACCAUCAGCGCUAUCGAUUCUGACAGAAGAUGAAUGAGUCCAGUGUGUAAUGUUAGUGGAAAAUAUAAAAUAAAAACUAUUUUUACAAAC